AUGGCCCGAAUAGUCCUGUAUUCUCUGUUCACAUAUUCAUUUAUCGAUCGAUCCAGCAGUACCCCGGACGAUCCGAAGAUGACUUUUGAACAACUCUAUCAGUAUGGAAAAUACGAGUACACGGAUGGUAAUUGGCCUGAUUGUAUAGCAUUCAUGAAACGUGCGCUUGAUGAUUUCCAAUAUUUCGAAGACGAACUGGUGUGGUGUCGAAGAAAAUGUGGAGAACAGGUGGAAUCGCCCGACGACGGCCUCAUGUCGCAGAAGCACGCUCAGUCCGAACGAGCUCUCUGCUUAUUGCGAUGUAAGCGUGAACGAUUUACUGAAGAAAGACCACCAUUGGCUAAAAUGAGCGUUUAUUUCGAUUUUGUUGAGCGAAAACCGUUUCAGUAUCUCCAUAUUUGCCAUUGGAAGAUAGGCGAAUUGGCAAAGGCUGUACAGUCAGCAUAUACUUUUCUGGUUCAAAAUCCCGCUGACAAAGACACGUUGGACGGUUUGGCGUUCUACAUGGAACAACCGGGUUAUCACGAUAAUAUGCUAGUGGAUUUGCUUCGUCGAACCUACGAGAAAAAGGACGAAGGAAAAAACUGCUGCAUUCUUAAGGUUCGAUUUAUCUCAGGAGUACAGGCCUAUGAAGCAGAAGACUGGCACAAAUGUAUAGAUGAUUUUGAGUCGUCCAUAGAGAAGACGAUCGAUGAAGACUCGAGUAUCUUAGUUGACGGAAAUGCAUCGAUCAAUUUUAGAUGUCGACUUCUUUGUGAAGAUAAGAUAGAUUGGAGUGCUAUCGACGGUAAUCCGGAGAUUGAUGUGUUACUCACGAGUAUGCAGUCAUCAGUGAUACGUUGUCAACAUAAUUGUCUCUAUCGUCUGGCGUUAAUCAAUGGUCAUAAUGUUGGUCAGCUACUAGCAGCACAUUAUGAGUACCUUCACUACUGUCAGUAUCAGUUAAUGCGUGGUUCGGAAGCAGCACGAUCAGUGGCAAAUUAUCUGUUGUUUGAUGACAAUCCGUUAAUGCGAAGGAAUAAAUACUUUUAUGCUAAGCAGUACAAAAAUAAGGACUUGUUUAUCCCUGAUCAGGGAAUGAUAUGGCUUCACAAGCAGCGUACACUAGAAGAGCGAUACCUAACGUUCAUUGAGGAAAAAUUCCAAUAUAUCAAUAACGAGUUCCCGCCAGAGCGUCAAGAGGAUCGAAUGAGGUUCAAUACACACGUUUCGAUCGAGGACACUUUUGACUAUGAUGCUGUCACCAAACUGCUCAAUUCUAAUGAGUGCAAAACUCUGCGCUCAGUCUUUCCUCCUAAGCACGCCGAGCAGCUUAUUGAAGAGCUUGAGAAACGAGUGCGAGAACUCUGGCCUAUUGCCAUCUAUCGAAGUCGAUCGUGUGCCAGGGAGACACGGCAAGCUGACUGUCGACGAGCGAUCGUGCUGUCCAUUGACAUUCAGGAUUGCUCAGAAUGGCUCGGAGCUAUGCAUUCCGGUUGUGUGAUCAUAUUUUGCGCUUAG